CCUGGAACUCCAGGUUUUUUGCCUUCUGAAUCAUCGGGAUCCAUACACCAUGGCCGAGAGGCAAUGUUCGACGCUCGAUGCACCAGUCGAACCACUUCCGAGCCUCGACCCCCAGCUUCCCUUGGGCCUGGCUUGUGCAUUUUUUACUUAAUGCUCCUGCAUCGCCCUCUUUCCCUCUCGAUCCUCGACCCUCCAGACCUUGGAUUCCUCUGUAUAAACCCUUCCCCUCCGCUCCGUCUAAGCUUCUGGACCUCUGUGCCCUGUGUUGCAUUGUCGUGACGACGACUGCUACGACUGAAGCUUGCGAGCUCUUUUCUUUAUGACGUCUGCCCUCAAAAAGGUUGUCGACACGUUCAAAAUGUCUUCGCUCGACCAGGAAGAGCAGCUGUACCUGCAAGAUGUAGAGGCCGUCAAGAAGUGGUGGACCGACUCCAGAUGGCGCUAUACCAAACGACCCUACACGGCCGAGCAGAUUGUGCAGAAGCGAGGCACCCUCAAGAUCCAGUACCCCAGCAACGACCUCUCCAAGAAGUUGUGGAAGCUUGUUGAGCAUCGUUUUGCGACCAAGACCGCUUCGGCUACCUAUGGCUGUCUCGAGCCCACCAUGCUGACCCAGAUGAACAAGUACCUGGAUACCGUCUACGUCUCUGGCUGGCAAUCGUCCUCCACCGCCUCCUCCACCGACGAGCCCUCGCCUGAUCUGGCCGAUUACCCCAUGAACACCGUCCCCAAUAAAGUCCAGCACCUGUUCAUGGCCCAGCUGUUCCACGACCGCAAACAGCGAGAGGAGCGUCUCACCACCCCCAAAGACAAGCGAAGCCAGGUGGCCAACGUCGAUUAUCUGCGGCCCAUCAUUGCCGAUGCAGACACCGGCCACGGAGGUCUCACAGCCGUUAUGAAACUCACAAAACUCUUUGUCGAAAAAGGCGCUGCAGGCAUCCACAUUGAGGACCAAGCUCCGGGAACAAAGAAGUGCGGCCACAUGGCGGGCAAGGUGCUCGUGCCCAUCUCCGAGCACAUCAACCGUCUAGUCGCCAUCCGCGCCCAAGCCGACAUUAUGGGCGUCGACUUGCUUGCCGUGGCUCGUACCGACUCCGAGGCCGCGACCCUCAUUACCACAACCAUCGACUACCGCGACCACCCAUUCAUUCUCGGAUCCACCAACGCUAACCUUCAGCCGCUCAAUGAUCUCAUGGUUGCGGCCGAACAAGCCGGCAAGAACGGAGAUGAACUGCAAGCCAUCGAAGACAGCUGGAUUGCCCAAGCUGGCAUCAAGUUGUUCGACGACGCCGUGAUCGACGCCAUCAACGCUGGUGUCCACGUGGACAAGGCAGCUCUGAUUCAGAAAUACAAGACCGCCUCCAAGGGCAAAUCCAACAGCGAAUGCCGCGCCAUUGCCAAGGGUUUGACCGGUGUGGAUAUCUACUGGGACUGGGACGCCCCCAGGACAAGAGAAGGGUUCUACAGGUACCAAGGUGGAUGCCAAUGCGCGGUGAACAGGGCGAUCGCCUAUGCACCGUAUGCAGAUAUGAUCUGGAUGGAGAGUAAGUUGCCGGAUUACGCCCAAGCUCAGGAGUUUGCCGAGGGCGUGCACGCCGUGUGGCCGGAGCAGAAACUCGCAUACAACCUCUCUCCUUCCUUCAACUGGAAACGCGCCAUGUCCUCCUCGGACCAAGAGACGUACAUCCAGCGUCUCGCCGAACUGGGUUACUGCUGGCAAUUCAUCACCCUGGCUGGCCUUCACUCUACCGCCCUCAUCUCCGACACCUUCUCCAAAGCCUUUGCCCAGCGCGGCAUGCGUGCUUAUGGCGAACUCAUCCAAGAGCCCGAGAUGGAGAACAAAGUCGAUGUUGUCACCCAUCAAAAGUGGAGCGGCGCCAACUACGUUGACAACAUGCUCAAGAUGGUCACUGGUGGAGUCAGCAGCACCAGUGCCAUGGGCAAGGGCGUGACGGAGACGCAGUUCCAUUGAUUUUGACCCUCUUUGUUUCGUUAAUUAUCUGGUUUGAUUGGCAGCUCGGAAGUUGGGAUGUUUGGGUAUAUUGAUCUAUCCAGCCAGCUAUUAUCUAUCUAUCCAACUGAUCCCGAGGAAGGGAAAGAGGAGGGAGAUCUAUUGGAUCGUGUUGAGAGAGUUAACAGAGAGAACCAAAAGUGCGGGAAAAACAAAACAAAAGUCGAAACUUAGGUCUUGUUAUGUGACGAUGAACGAUGACGGAACAAAGAACGAGGGCGACCAUGAUAGGGGGAGAAUAUUUAGCGACAGAAGGAGAUUUACUUUUGCCGAAUCCUGUGACUAGUAUAUAUACUUGAUAUAUCGUACAUCUGUUCCAUCUGUCAGCCA